AUACUUCCACAUUCUAGAAGAAUUCUGAAGUAUUACCAGUUUUCAAAAAUAUGGCACGUAAUGCUCAAGAAAACUUUCUCAUUAUGAAAUGGUACAACAUCUGUUGAUUUGUCACACUAUGUGCACCAUAUCUAUUAAAAUUAGUGGUGAGUUUACUAAGGUGUUAACUAGGUUAAAUGUGAGGUUAAAAUACAUUUCUGACUAAUUAGUCACGUUCCAUUUUCAAGUGCAUUUUGGAAUUAUGACCUUUCAGUAUUUGUGUACUUAACAUGUAUCCCUUUCAAUUCAAAUUCUAGUGUUUUUAAAUGUUAUUAAAUUUCAACAAAUUAAACUGUGAAUCUAAAUGUUUAGUUUUAUUUUGAAAAAUCAUGUGAUUGUUUAAAAAAAAAAAAAAAAAAAAAAACAACUUGAAAGUACAACAAAUGUAUGAUCCUUGAGUGCAGGUCUGUCCUAUUGGUAACUUAUAAAGUAUGAUCGAAGGAAUUAAAAUUAUUUUGAAAAUAAAGUUCUUUAAACAGAGUGGGGGUAUUUGUGAAUGAUGGCAGUUUAAAUUCAAUAGGGUUAACCUCAAAGCCUUAUAAAUGAACAAAUGUUAAUGAAAGUAGAAAGUCUGUGUUUACUUUCUGUAUUGAAUGCGUUUUUGCUAAUAUUGUUGGGUAGUCAAGAUUCUCAGAAUUUGCUUAAAAUACUGUCAGGAAUCAAUUUUCUCAGGAAAAGACCCUUUCUGUCUUGAUGGUAGACCUACUCGAUGAGUAUUUGUGAGUUCAAGAAGCAAAUCAAUGAACCUGAGUAUGGAAACUUUUUAGAUGACCUAUUUGUGGGUUGGCUUUUUUACCGUUUUGUGUCACUAAAAUAUAAUGUUCUUUGCUUGUCCAUUUCAGCAGGCCAAAAACAAGUAAAGUGCUGCAGGUAAGUUGAGUGAGUAGACUCUGUUCUUUGUAGGAACACUUACUGUGAAAGGUAACUUAUUUUUCUGAGCUGCAGCAUAUCUUCUUCAAAACUCAUGCAUCGAAUAUUAAAGGGGAAUAGAUUGAGUAGUUGGCAGUGUACUCGCAGUGUAUUCCACAGUUGCUUCAGGAGCCCUGAUGUGUGGUUGUGGUAAGUGGUGUUCUGUAUUAAACAACAAAAGGAAAGGUGAGUCUCAGGGUUUCUUAACUAUGUGUAUUGUUGAAGACUUUCUUGAAGCAGUAGCAGCUGUAAUAGUAGAACUGAGUGUUUUGAUGCUGAUAAUGUUAUUUAAUGUAGUUUUUUCAGUUGCAUGAUGAGUUUACCAUCAACUUGAACAUAACAGUUACAUUUUCAUCUUAAAAAAAUGCUAGUCAGAAGCUUCUCCAGCUGUGUUCGCAUCCAUUAAAUCACAGUGGCUAGAAGAAAUGUAAUAUCUGAAUGUAUAGGGCGUCUUUAUGUAUGCUAUGAAAAUUGAUGCUAGUUCUUCAGAGUUAAGUGUUCUGAACGGAAUCUGGUUUAGUCUACAGGGUUGUGCUGUCAUGAGUUUCACUGAAGUCAAGUCAGUUUCACGUUAUGUUUUCAUACUUACUUACAGUAGAAGGGCUUGUCUUCACUGCAGUAGCUCUCCACUCUCUGGAAGUAUGAGUUUUUCACGGCAGCCUGGGGAUCUUAUGCCCACAACAAGUAAUGAAUAUUUCUAUUCCUAACAGUCAUUCUCAGCUGUACCUCAUGUUUGCCACUUCUGCUUGCAUGAUACAUGGAUCACUGAUCUUGAGCAAUUCCUGAUGGAGAUAAAUAACACUAAAUUGAGUAUGGACUGGUUACUACUGUGUUGGGUUUUUUUAUUAUUUGAAGCCUGUUUUAAAGAAAUGUUUAAAGUAAUUUCUAAGUGCCCUAUGAAACUGAAUCAUAAGAAAAAAAAAAAAGCAACAAUUACAGAUGAAUUUUUUAAGUUUCUAGUGGAGGUUCAAUAAGACAAGAUUCUUUCUCAUGUUUUUGCUCUGAAUAAAAGAAACCGAUUUCCAAUAAAUGCAGGUAAUUUAAACAAAACUAGCAUCUCGUAGGUGUAGUCUCUAAAUGAUGAGGAACUAUUGUAGAAGUGCUAAUAGUGAAAAUUUGUUUGAGGUCAUAUUGGGGGGUAUUUUUUGCUGAUGGAUUUAGUCUAUACUCAAGGCUCAAGUUAGAUUUAAUAAAAUCAAUUGUCUGUUUUGAGGAGUGUAUUUUAAUGGCAUGAGGUAUCCUUUACCUGGUCUGCAUAUGUGUCUAUUAGAUGGUAUCCCUGUAUUGUAUGUUAGUGGCACAAAUGUAAUCUUAACUUAGUGAGUUAAAAGACUGAGUCUUCUAGCAGUCUGCUCCUUGGGAGGCUGACUUUUUCAAACCACAUAUGCAGCUUCUUUUUCUGGUCUGUCAAACAUUAGCUUCAGUUCCACAUCUACACUGUUCUGAGCUACAUCAUAAGGAACAUGUAGUCCAUUGUGACGAGGAGGUUUGAUUCUGUGUGGAGUUGCAGAGGAUAGCCGUGAUCUUACUGAUCCAAUUGUAGAAGAAAGCAUAAGGAAAGUAUGUUGGGGAGAAACUAUAAUGGGUGUCCUGAGAAUUAGAUUCCUAUUCUCUUUAAAAAAAAAAAAAAAAAAAAAAAAAAAAAAAAGCUGCCAGAUGUAAAGUUUCUCCCUGGGACAACAAAUGUAUGUUACUGUACAGGUUAGGUAUGUUCAAAGUGCGAGGAAGUGUUCCUCAUUUAGCAGCAGCAGCUCAGACAGCAGGCCCUUCAAAGGACAAUACCUGCGUAAAACACAACUGUUCUGUUCUCUGUACAGCACUUAAGAAAAUAGGGUUCUGUUCCCUUACCAAUGCUAACCAAAUCCCUGGUUUAAGCUGUCUUAAUACAUGGUAUAGUGAUUGAAAAAGAUCUUUUAGUGUUUCAGAACAGGAGCAGCAGGCAGUGAAACAUAGCAUCUGGUGCAGCAAUCUUCUGGGGGUGGUUGGAGGUGUAAAACCCAACUUGAGUUAAAUUGAUACAAAUGACUUCAGGAUUUUAAAAUAUUUUUAUCCAUUAUAUCUCUCUUUUUUUUGUCACCUUUUUUAAAAUGUUUUUAUUUAAAGCAUUUCAUAUUCUCUGAUGUUGGGAAAACUGAAGAACUCUGUAAGCUAAACUAGAAUUCUGUUGUAAGCUUCCGACAAUUUUGAAUUCUUCAGUGCUCGUUCUGUUCACUAAGUACAAAUUAGAAUACUUGGCUACAAGUGAUCUUUCAAGGUGUUAUUAUCUAGCUCUGAGAUACUUUGAAGAGAUGUAUUUCCCUGUCCCCCCCACAGUCCCGAUUUAACAAGCUGCCUCCCUGUAAGCUCAAAAAUGAGUAAUUUAUUCAGAAUCACUUCUUAUCACCAAAUGUUUUGUUGAAUUUAGCCUCCUUAUUUGGGAGGAGGGUAGCAGACAUUCUGCUCCGUGCAGCAAUCUGUCAUGUUUGUUGUAGUGCAUAAGUGCAAAGCUAAAAGAUCAGAAGUUUCUGUGUGUAACCACAUGCCUUAUUGCGUUUGGUUUAUUACAGUAAUGCUGCAAGAAGGAAUUGGCACUCAUCUGGCAUGGAACUAUGUCAUAUUGAUACUGCUUCAUAGCAUCAGUUCAUGUUUUACAUCACCAACUCUUCAUGCUUUGGAAAAAAAUGAAGUGACAGCCAGCAAACUUAUCACGAAACUGAAAGAUGCAUCUGAAGCUCUUUUAAACUUCUUCAGGCCAGUGACUUGCCGAUACAAAGAAAAGCACUCCUUAGUCCCUUGUCAUGUAGGAGGGAAUAUUAAUGCAACAGAGUGCUUGGAAAACAGAUGUUGUCCUUCCAAAGGCAGACAUGAACUGGAAUGUUAUAUCCCGUUUAAAGACAGUCUGCAACUGACAUUUCGACUGUUUCUGGUUGGGGCGGUAGGAUUUUUAAUUUUGGGUUGUGUACCAUUAUAUUGCUGUGCCUGCUUCCAAAGGAGUCAGUGUGUCAAUCCUUUACGAAGAGCAAACAAAAAAAUAGAACAAAUUGUGCAGAACAAGAGAGCAAGUAGUGAAGAAAUGCGUAGCUUGUUACCAGAUUGACUUAAAGGCUUUGAGGAUCAUAAAAAUGAGAGAAAGUCCUGGACUCCGGUGUACCACAGGAUAAUUUCAAUAUGGAGUUUGACCCAGAUCCACCUGUAAGACAUCUUUUCCCAUCUGCUGAUCUAUUUCUUGUGUAUCAAGCUGCACAUUGCUGAACCAAGCUUGUCUUUCCUGUCUUUUUCUCCAAAGAACUGGAUUAGGGCCAAUUUGACCAGAAGGCACAAGUGUUCUUAAAUGGGAUGCCUUUGUUGUUGGUGAAAGAAACAACUCAGUACUAGGUGCCGUUUCCAAAUCUGCCAGAGUGUUCCCUCCAGCCCCCAAGACUGUACUAAAAUCCAGGACCACAAGAUGGUGCUGCAGGAAAACAUUUUUCCCUCAGUGGUUUUGGUUUCUGGAGAACUUUAUUAGAUUUCUGCUUUUUACAGUGUGGUUCAUCAAGUCACAAGAAGGCAGAUAGCGUACGAUAGAGCAAUGGUCAUUCUGUAAAAAAAAAAGACAACAUAAUACUGCAUAUAAUGACAAGGCUUUAGAAGACUUACAAGAGAUAUAAACCAUUGCCUGUGGCUUUAGAACUGCUUUCGCUCCUAGUGAACUGAUACAGAAUGAAACAAAAGAGCUCUCAGUGGAACUUCCAUCCUUAUGUUCCCAAAGAUUAAAUAAAUACAAAGCUUAACAACCUGACUCAGUGCACAGUAUCUGUGUCCAAGAGUGGAUGCUGACACCAUAGGGAUAGGAGCUAUGAGAAGUCCUCUGCUCUUUUAGUGCAGCACCCAGAGCCUGCACCAGGCCUGUUGACAAAACUGUGGCACGAUUCUGGUACUUCUCACCAUGUGAUUUUCAAAAACGUUUCAAAGCCGUGAGGGUCGAACUUGCAAUACUAUGGCGUGAAAAGUGUUAACUGCAAAG